GCCCGGAGCCGAGCCGAGCCGAGCCGAGCCGGCAGGCGGAGCCCGCGGCCCCCAGGCUGAAGGAGCGGGGCUCAGCCGCGCAGGUGUCCCAGAAGAGUCAUUCCUGUAUUCUGGCCAAGAUUGAUGUUUUUGAUUGCAAGUGGAAGACAGGUCUUUGAAAUACAUGAUGGCCACUUGUCAGCUUUUACACACUAGACAAAAGAAGUCUUCUAAGGAAUCAGUGUUGUUCCCCAACAAAAUUGAUACUGAGCAGCAGUCUGUGGUGCUGGUGAAGAGACUUCUGGCUAUCUCUGUCUCCUGUAUAACAUACCUGAGAGGGCUGUUCCCAGAGAGUUCUUACGGAACUCGCUAUUUAGAUGACCUCUGUCUAAAAAUUCUCCGAGAAGAUAAAAGCUGUCUGGGAUCAUUUCAGAUAGUCAAGUGGAUUCAAGGUUGUUUUGAUGCUUUGGAGAGGCAGUAUUUGCAUAUCGCUGUCCUAGCAAUUUACACCAAUCCCAAGGAACCGGAGACAGUGACUGAACUGUAUCAAUUCAAAUUCAAGUACAAAAAGGAGGCGCCCCACAUGGACAUCAUCAGCAACAAAAUGAACUUUGUGAAUGGGGUGUGCAGCGAGGACAUUAAACAAGCCAGCAGUCUGCUGAUCCGUAAGCUGUACCUGUUAAUGCAAAACCUUGGCCCACUUCCCAAUGACAUUACCCUGACCAUGAAACUCUUCUAUUACAAUGAAGUAACUCCUAACGAUUACCAGCCGCCUGGCUUUAAGGAAGAAGUCAGCCCUGCGGACCUGUUGUUUGAUGGUGAUCCCGUCAACCUGAAAGUAGGGUCAGUCUCCACUGGGUUCCACACCAUGAAAGUGAAAGUAACGACUGAAAACAAAAGAAUGGGGAGAGUUGAAAGCAACCUGAUCCAGAAGAAUGGCCCUACUAAGAUCUCCCAUCAAGGGUUAGACUAUGAUGAAGAGGAAGAGGAGGGGAGCGCCAAGGACGAUCCUCUCCCUGUCAGAGCAGAUUCAGGUGAGCCUGAAAAGGACAAAAAUGAUACCCAUCCAGGCUGGAGAACUGAAGCAUCUUCUUUUUGCCUUGGAGAUACAGGUGGAAAGGAGAAGACAGAAAUAAAAGAAAAGGGCAGAAUGCCUUCCUCAAGGGCCUCUCAGCAGAUGAAGAUCAGGAUUAAUUCUACUGAUGUCAGUGCGUUAGCUUUACUGGAAACUGAUAGGAGAUUAGUGCCAAGCCCUGCCUCGACCGUUUAACCUCUGUGCCGCCUUCACAGAAUGGCAGAGGUCAGAGGGGACCACUGGAGAGCCUCUAGACCAGCCUGCGUGCUCAAAGCAGGCUGCCCGGGACCUUGUCCAGUCACAUCCAAGCAUCUCCAAGGAUGGAGACUCCAUGACCUCUCUGGACAACCUGUGCCAGUUGAUCACCCUCAUAGUGAAGAAAAGCUUUUCCAUAGGUUUCAAUGGAAUUUGCUGCAAUUCUGUGUCCUUUCCUUGUCUUUUCACUGGGGACCACAGAGUGCAUUGUGAACCCUUAUUUCACUGUCGUUGGAGGGCAUGGAGCAGCCAGCUGUCAGUGAGUGAACGAGAAUUAUUGCCUUCAACCAGAAGUGUCUGUUUACUGGGGAUGCCUCACGUUUUAGGGGCUGCAUUUAAAGAGCCAUGGUCUUGCUUUUUGCAAGUGGCAAGUGUUUGCUGUGCUUCUGAGUUAGCUGCAGCUGAAAUCACAGGAUACAUCAGGCAUUGGCCCUCUCUGAUUAAAGUUUCCUGAUGGUGAUAGAUGUACCCUGCAGAUAUUAUUUGCUGCCCUGGCAGUGGAGGGUUGUUUUGCCUUAUUUCACCAGUUAAGUCUUGUAUCUCAGUCCUUAUUCUUCUGGCUUGCUUGAUGGAACUGGGCUUCCUUUGAUAUUCAUGUGCUUCUGAAUUUGUUAGGGUAGUUACAAGGUACCACAUUAAACACUCCAUGUCCUGACAAAGGGAAGUCUUCUGAGGGCACAGAAUGCACCAAGUGCCAAACCUCAGCAUGGGGUAGGCCGGGGACAAAGAGGGGACACAGUUGAACACUUACGCUAUUCUAGCUUUUCUACAUAGGAUGCCUUGGGAAGCAAAACACAUGCCAGAAGAGCUGUAAAUUUGCAUCAAUUUAUGUUGCGAAUUUUUGGCUGGAAUACACGGGGACACUGGGGAUUGAAAAUUG